CCAGUCAAUGUAAAACCUGACCAGGGAGAGGAAGGACACAACAAAAAGGAAAGUGAUGGUCACGCAACUCGGAGAAACAUUGCGUGACGAUGACUAUCGAAUGAAGAACGUUGCGCCCUGGGAACAAACGGAGGAAGGUCAUUGGAAGUUGAAGGCUCUGGGAGGCAUUGAACGUGUUGGGGCUAAAAAUUGACGACAAAAUUAAGCACUGAGUAUCAGAAGGAAGAUAUGGCAGAAAGUAAACCCAAGUUAUACUGUGCCUGGUUCUGCCCAUUUGCACACAGAGCGUGGAUUUCAAUGCUAGCAAAGGGAGUGGAUUUUGAGUACAUAGAGCAGGAUCCUUACAAUAAGUCUGCAGAAUGGCUGGCUGUCAAUCCACGUGGACUGAUACCUGUCAUUGUACACAAUGCUAAAUCAGUCUACGAGAGUCAUGUCUGCAUAGAAUAUAUUGAUGAAGCCUGGCCAAGUGAACAAAGCUUACUACCCAAAGAUCCUUAUCAAAGAGCCAAGGCUCGCAUGUGGGGAGAUUUUAUCUCCAAGAAGAUCAUACCACCAUAUUACCGUUUCCUACUGAAGCAGUCUCCAGAAAUACAAAAUGAGGCCAGAGAGCAGUUCCUGGCUGCUAUCCUGGAGUUCACAAAGGCAAUGGAUGAACCAGGCCCUUUCUUCCAAGGCAUGGAGCUUGGUUAUGUUGACAUCAUGUUUGCUCCAUGGGCUUGCAGAAUGUACAUCUUGGAGCAUUACCGUGGCUUUGAAAUCCCUCAGACAGAUGAGUUUAGAAGAUAUCAUGUGUGGGCUGAAGCUGUGAAGAAUCACCCCAGUGUAAAAGCCGUUCUACAGGAUAAAGAUAGGGUUUUGGCAAAUGCUAAACCGUAUGCAGAAGGCAAUGCCAAAUCUGAACUUGCAGAUGCUGUCCGUAAAGACACUACUAUUCCCUAGGGACUAUUUGCUUUAAAGCACAGGACACACCGCAGGCAAAUGUACCUCUCGAACGGUCCUAUAUGUAAAAGACCUAACAAACAAUUGUCUCACCAGACAGUCAUUUCAUAUUUGAAUAAAACAUUGGUGCUGACAGUGUUCAGCCUAGUCAGGGUAAGAUUUAACGUAGUGAUAUCAGUAAAUCAUGCAUAGUGACGACACUGGUAGAACAUUUUAUAGAUUAUCUGUUAAUGGUGCACAGCUUACAUUAAUUUUAGGUGAUAGCAGAAAUACAGGAUAUUUUGAUACUAACGUGCAGAGUUUAUAUCACUAAUAAUUAAUGCCCUAAAUAUUUAGCAGACCAUAUUGUAAUUUUUGUAAUCUGGACAUCUUAAUAUAUGCGCAAAAUGAUAAUAAAUGUAGGAUUUUACUGAAAAACACUUGUUUUGCCACUAAAAGGCAACUGUGUUUGUAAUUUGUCAUUCACUUUUUUAAUUGUGUGAUUUUAAGCUUUAGAUGGUAUCACCUUCCUAGAAUUUUGUGUUAUGAAAUAACACUGACAUUUUGAAAAUGAACUUGUUUAAUCUUAAUGUGAAGGCAAGAUUGAAAUAAACACAUUUAUUUUCA